GGAGGAGAGCAGGGCGCGCGAGCGCUCUCAGGCAGGCUCGUGACUAGCCGUGUUUGGGAGGUGGGGAGGGCCACGCAGGGAAAGAGUGGAGGAGGAACUGCUCCUCCUCCAUAGCUCAGCAGCUGAGUAACAAGCACACGGAUCUUGUCGCUGCUGAGCGUGCAGGAGCAUGGGAAAGUCGGAGCCCUGUGGCCUGAAGACAUCGGCAGAGGACUAGCUUCUGGAGGGAAGUACCCCUCCCUCACUCCCUACGUGGGAGGGGAAUGCUUAUCCACUUGCAGUGGAUCAGUGGUGCAAGAGCAAAAUGUGAAGAAUCUCAAUUCCAGUGCAGUAAUGGACGCUGUAUAACUCUGUUAUGGAAGUGUGAUGGAGAUGAAGACUGUUCUGAUGGCAGUGAUGAGAGCUCCUGUGUGAAGAAGACCUGCGCUGAAUCUGACUUUGUGUGCAACAGUGGUCAGUGUGUCCCUAACAGGUGGCAGUGUGAUGGGGACCCAGACUGUGAAGAUGGAUCUGAUGAAAGCCCUGAACUGUGCCACAUGAGAACAUGCCGGGUAAAUGAAAUCAGCUGUGGUCCUCGAUCAACUCAGUGUAUCCCUCUGUCCUGGAAAUGUGAUGGUGAAAAUGACUGUGACAGUGGUGAAGAUGAAGAGAAUUGUGGCAAUGUAACUUGUAGCCCUGCAGAGUUCACUUGCUCCAGUGGGCAGUGCAUCUCCAAAAACUUUGUCUGUAAUGGCCAGGAUGACUGCAGUGAUGGUAGUGAUGAACUGGACUGCACACCACCUACUUGUGGAGCACAUGAAUUUCAAUGUAAAAGUUCUAGUUGUAUCCCUAUUAGCUGGGUAUGUGAUGAUGACGCAGACUGUUCAGACCAGUCAGAUGAAUCUCUAGAGCAAUGUGGCCGCCAGCCUGCCCAUCCUGUGAAGUGUUCUCCUAGUGAAGUACAAUGUGGCUCAGGAGAAUGUAUUCACAAGAAGUGGCGGUGUGAUGGAGACUCAGACUGCAAGGAUGGAAGUGAUGAAACAAACUGCCCUUCCCGGACUUGUAGACCAGACCAGUUUAAAUGUGAAGAUGGGAAUUGUAUCCAUGGUAGCAGGCAAUGUAAUGGUGUAAGAGACUGUCUAGAUGGAACUGAUGAAGUCAACUGUAAAAAUGUCAAUCAGUGCUCUGGAUCUGGCAAAUUCAAGUGCAGAAGUGGGGAAUGUAUAGACAUCAGCAAAGUGUGUAAUCAGCAGCAGGACUGCCGGGACUGGAGUGACGAACCCCUCAAGGAAUGCAACUUGAAUGAAUGCCUGGUGAACAAUGGUGGAUGCUCUCAUAUCUGCAGAGACCUAGUUAUUGGGUAUGAAUGUGACUGCCCAGCUGGGUUUGAACUGAUAAACAGGAAGACAUGUGGAGAUAUUGAUGAAUGCAGGAAUCCUGGGAUCUGCAGUCAAAUCUGUAUUAACUUAAAAGGAGGCUACAAAUGUGAAUGUAGCCGUGGCUAUCAAAUGGAUCUAGCUACUGGAGUGUGCAAGGCAGUAGGAAAAGAACCAUGUCUGAUUUUCACUAAUCGUCGGGACAUCAGGAAGAUUGGUCUGGAAAGGAAAGAAUACCUCCAGCUCGUAGAGCAGCUAAGAAACACCAUAGCUCUCGAUGCUGACAUUGCUGAGCAUAAACUCUUUUGGGCUGACUUUAGCCAAAAGGCAAUUUUCAGUGCCUCACUUGAUAGUCGUGAUAAGGUGGGCAAACACUUAAAAAUCAUAAGCAAUGUACACAGUCCUGCAGCAAUUGCUGUUGACUGGGUCUACAAGAACAUCUACUGGACUGAUUCAGCUUUGAAGAGUAUCUCAGUGGCUAGUCUUGAUGGUGCUAAAAGGAAGAUCCUGUUUAAUACAGGCCUAAGAGAGCCAGCCUCCAUAGCUGUGGAUCCUCUCUCUGGCUUUAUGUACUGGUCUGACUGGGGUGAACCAGCCAAAAUAGAAAAGGCAGGAAUGAAUGGACUUGGUAGACAGCAACUGGUGACAACAGACAUCCAGUGGCCUAAUGGAAUUGCACUAGAUCUUGUAAAAAGCCGCCUCUACUGGCUUGAUUCAAAGCUACAUAUGCUGUCCAGUGUGGAUCUGAAUGGCCAGGAUCGUAGGAUUGUGUUAAAAUCGCAUGAGUUUCUUGCUCAUCCUCUUGCUCUAACAAUAUUUGAGGACCGUGUCUACUGGAUUGAUGGAGAGAAUGAAGCAGUCUAUGGUGCCAAUAAAUUUACAGGAUCUGAAUUGGCUACACUAGUGAACAACCUCAACGAUGCUCAGGAUAUCAUUGUGUAUCACGAGCUUGUUCAACCAUCAGGCACAAACUGGUGUGAUGAGACCAUGAAGAAUGGUGGCUGUGAGUAUCUGUGCCUGCCUGCUCCCCAGAUAAAUGAACACUCUCCAAAGUAUGCCUGCAUAUGUCCUACUGGAUACAACCUACAAGAUGAUGGCCUAAGGUGUAAAGUUUCAGGUACUGGAACUACUGUGGCUUACAUUGAGACAAAAGAUACCAGCACAACAGAAAAACCACCAACUGUUGGACCAGUUCCUGGAGGACACAAUUUCAGCAGUGCUGUGUCAGAAGUCAGUUCUGCCAAAGGAACUUCAGCUGCCUGGGCUAUUCUUCCUCUGGUAUUACUGGCACUGGCAGCGGCAGCAGGUGGCUACUUCAUGUGGCGUAACUGGCAACACAAGAAUAUGAAAAGCAUGAAUUUUGACAAUCCUGUCUACUUGAAAACAACUGAAGAGGAUCUCACUAUUGACAUUGGGAGACACAGCAGUUCAGUAGGACACACUUACCCUGCAAUAUCCGUUGUAAGCACAGAUGACGAUCUAGCUUGAAUACUCGAGCUGGCAAUCUACUUGUGUUCUACAGUCUUUUGGAUGGUAACAGGCAAGUAGCUGAAGAUUCUUCCAAGAGGGAAGAAUGAAGAAACCUGUAUGUGUGGAGCAAGCUUGUGUAAAUACUUAUACAGGUUACCAGAACUCUGUAAAUAUCUGUCCACAAUUCAGCUUUUGAUGGUUACUGUUUAUCUGUAACCCUUGAAUUUGUCAGUACUACCACUGACCAACUAUUUAAAGCACUUUCCAUAGAAAGCCAUAUUCCAGGAACAACUUGUGCUAUAGUGUACCACCUGUACAUAUUUGUAUAGGCCACUUGUAAAUAUUCCUGAACAAUCACUAUUAAGCACUUUGAAAUAUUUCAAAUGUAAAUUAUUGUAAACUCUUUUUCAAUGGUUGGGUCAAUGGCAAUAGGAGAAAACGGGUUAUUCAGAUAAAUUGCCAAAAAUUUGUAAACACAAGUAAUUUUGUAUGUGAAUGAAUUGUGAAUCUUUCCUGCCUGGGACACCUUACAGGUGUACAGAGGAUGAAUGCUCUCUAUCAAAACCACUGUAAAGUUAAAUGCUGAAAUUAAAACAGUCAAAGUGA